UAAGUAUUGAAUUAUUCGUUAUUUCAUUUUUGACUUUAUAGUUGACUGGAUGGAAAAUGUUUUUCGAGCUUAAGAAAAACAUUUGGUUCUUCACUACAUUCAUUAGUUACUGGAAGGUUGCCAAGUUCCCUUCUAACCUGAUAGGGGAUGUGUCGAUAACCAUGGACGGCCAGCUGUACAUGUCCUUUGAGGGGAUUCGUUACGCUCAGCCUGCCAUCGACGAUCUCAGAUUUAAAGACCCUGUGCCUAUAAAUGAGAUGGUUUAUUUGAAGAAGAGGGUGGAGUGUUUGGAGAGGGACCCGAGUACUAGUGAAUUAGUCGGAGAGGAAGACUGCCUUGUUCUCAACGUCUACACGCCUGUUCAGUUUGAGCACAGGGUUUUUCCAGUGCUAGUUUGGAUACACGGUACACCGUUCCGUGCCGGAAGCAGCCAGCAGGGCAGGUACGGCCCACAGAGGCUGAUCGACCAGAACCUAGUCGUCGUCACUAUGAGCUACAGGCUCGGUCCUCUCGGCUUUGCGAGCCUGGGGCAUAAGGAGUUAUCGGGGAAUUUCGGUCUCAAAGACCAACAGUUGGCUAUAAAGUGGGUACUGAAGAAUAUAGACAGGUUCGGAGGUGAUGCUGCCAUGGUGACAUUGGGAGGUGAAGGUCUGGGCGCUGCAUUCGUCCAGUACCACAUGAGCGGUGAAAUAUCUCGCAAUAUCAGCAGGGCGAUCACGAUAGGAGGCUCCUGGCUCGCCCCCUGGGCCUUUUCGACCACUGCACGCGUCAAGAAAGAAACCGAACGAUUGGCGAAUCUACUCGACUGCAGUACCUGCAACGGUACCGUCACUAUAUCAGAGCCCAUCAGGGUUCUGCACAACGUCCGUUCAAAGGAAGGUGUCGUCCACGGGACUGUUGAACAAUCCGCUUACAGAACUGGGCUCGUCAGCUGCGAACAGGCGACUGCAAGCUGCAUGAGAUCUCUUGAUCCCAAGUUAAUCGUGAAAAAAGCCUAUGAUAUGCCGCAAAUUUUACCUUGGGACAAGGUCAUCCUGCCUUUUCUUCCCACCGUGGACGGCGACGUAUUGACCAAUGAUCCUUGGAUCAAACGCAAUUCAGUACAUAAAUACUCCCUCCUGAUGGGUCUGACAAAAAGCGAAGGAUCUAUUAUAAAAUCGAUUGGAGUUAUCCAAGAUUGGAAUGAACAAGCGUUGAAGAGCGCUUUUGACACAUUCAUCAACGGAGGGGUCGUAAGGGGAAGGCGGUUUCCGAAAGACACACCAGGGCUGCAAGACAAGGUAGCCACUUUGUAUCAAGGCGAGGAUGUUAAAGACCAGCUUGCGGAUUUGGUGACAGACAGUUGGUUCAUGUUUCCUGCGAUGAUCGAUGCCAUGUACAACCGGGGACGCGUCGAAGUGUUCAUGUUCGCCUUCGACAACCAGAACAGUCAAAUGGGCUGUACCCUGCCCAGACAGACUAACCAACAGUCCCACGGAGACCAGAUGCCGUUCAUGUUCCUCAUAGAAAAGUGCAGCUUUUUCAAACCGAACGAACUCUAUGCCAGGAACUUUUCCGCCAUGAUAGCCAACUUCGUCUACCAAAGAGACCCCGGGCUGAAACCCUACUGGGAGGACAAAAACCUGUUCACCAUCAGGAACGCAAUUUACAAGCCUAGCUUCUUUCAAGGUAUAGACGAUAAACUCUCACGCAGGUUGGAACACUGGAAGGCCCUCAACUUAUUGUAGAAUAAAACAGAUUUGAUAACGGGAUUAAACGCUGAUAUAUGCUAUGAGGCAACA